UCCCUUACGUAUCACAUCCUAUGUUACCGACAAUUCACUAAAAACAGAUGGGAAGGUCAAUAUUAACACUUUCACCGCUAUGCGUAUUUUGACGGCUCAUGUCACUUAGAUGAUAUUAUUUAUUUGUAUUAAAAAGAAUAAUAAAAUACUCAAUCGAAUUAUACUAUUAAAUUGCACAAAAAUAUGAUGUGUAAUAUAUUUAUUUGCCUGUUCCCCAUCGUUGACCGCUACAGCAUAAUCAGAAGAAAAAUCGUGUAACGAGCAUUUAUACCGUAUCAUUUUGUUUUUUGUCGCAAUUAUUGAAUAUUACUUGUUGAACUAUAUAGCAGUCAGAUUUUUUGUACACGUAUUAUACCAUUAUUCUAUAAAAUUAUUCUCAUUGUCAAAAAUACAUAUGUCAUCUGAAGAAGUUUUGAGUGAUUCAUCAAAUGAAAUAUACAGAUCAUCUACAAUCAAACGUUGUAGAGUCAUAUCUGAUGAUGAAACUGAGAGUGAACAUGAAAACGAAUGGUAUGCAGAUUGCAAUAAUAGCAACCAAAUAUGGUUUAAUCCAAUUGGUAAUCAACCCAAUCUGAAAACUUUUUCCGGCAUAGCUGGUAUCAAUAUAUCAAAUACUAAAGUUUUAGAAUGUAGGUCACCAAUAGACUUCUAUUCGUUAUUUUUCAAUGAAGAAAUAAUCCAGAUGAUUGUAAAUCAAACUAAUCUUUAUGCGAACCAAAUGAUAGAAAAAAAUCAAUCUGAACGAUUGAGUAAAUGGAUUCCUACUAAUAUACAUGAGAUUAAGCAACUUUUUGGUUUAAUUAUGUGGAUGGGAUUAGUGAAACUUCCAACUAUACAACUUUAUUGGACAAAAGAUAUUUUAUUUGCUCAAAGUUUUCCACGUACUGUGAUGUCUCGCAAUCGAUUCGAAAUAUUACUGAGAAUGCUCCACUUUGCAGACAAUCGGCAAAUUAGUAAUCCGAAUAACCUAUUGUAUAAAUUACAAACACUGAUUGAUACGUUAAAUAAAAGUUUUAAAGAAUAUUAUAAUCCUAGUGAAACUGUUUGUAUUGAUGAAUCUAUUAUUCCGUUCCGUGGACGGACUGUACUUAGAAGAUAUAUAAAGUUAUUUAAAUUAUGUAGCACAUCUGGAUAUACUACUUCUUUCCAAGUAUAUACAGGGAAAUCUACAAAUACAGAAGAAACAACACCUACGAGCGUUGUAAUGUCUCUCUGUCAAAAUAUAAUUAAUCUUGGACAUACAUUAUGUACAGAUAAAAGGUAUACAAGUGUUGCAUUAGCUGAAAAAUUACUUUCCGUUGAUACGCAUUUGAUUGGAAUUCUUCAAGUUAAUCGUCGUGGCAUUCCAAAAGAUAUAUUGUCAAAAAAACUACAACGAGGUGAAAUCAUUGCUAGAGAACAUAAAAAUGGAAUAACUAUUUUGAAAUGGAAAGAUAAACGAGAUGUACUCGUGCUUUCAACUAAACAUUCUGUAGAAAUGGUUACAGUAACUGGCCGAAGGAGUAGUUGUAUUAAACCAAAAAUUAUUGUAGAUUAUAAUAUUAGUAAAUCGUACGUUGAUUUAUCCGAUCACAUGACAUCAUAUCUCAGUCCACUGAGAAAAGGCCAAAAAUGGUAUAAAAGAUUGGCCUUUGAACUUUUGUUUAAUACCUCGGUAAUAAAUGCUUGGAUAAUACAUAAUAAUGUAAUAAACAACCGUAUAUCAAUCUUGGAAUUCCGACAAAAAUUGGUUACACAAUUGACAGCACAUUUAAAUGAUAUUAAUACAUCUUCAUCCAGAACACAACUUAAUGUUAGAAGGCAUCACGAAAUACAAAGCAAAAAUGGAAACGCACGGCAAACUAGACGACGGUGUAAAAAAUGUUAUGAAGAAAAUGUGAAGAAAUUUGGUCGAGAAUUUGCAAAAAAUCGUACAAAAAAAGUAACAACAUACUGCGGAAAUUGUACUAGCAAUCCUUACUAUUGUUUGCCGUGCUUUAAUACAGUUCAUCGUAAUAUGUCCAUUUAAUCUCUUUUUUAAGAUUUUUAUAAAUAAAAAUAUUACAUCAUUUA